AUGGAAGUUAUAAAAGAAAUACCUGAAUUAAACUCAUCUAUUGAUCAAGUAAAAAACAAUGUUGUUAUCGAAGAAACUGUAGAAUGCAUACGACAGGAUGUGUGUCACAAAUCGAACGGUGUCGUCGAUAUGCGUAAAGCUGGACUGGCUGAAGACGACAAUAUAAUAACAGAAAUGAAGUUUCUAAUACACAAUCAUCAUCAGUUGAAGUUAAUAAAAAAAACAUCGGCAUUACAAUUAAGUAACAAAAUAGCAGUUCAAGUAAAACAUACAGAUUUAUCCUAUAAAGAUAAAAGCAGGUUUAAGACCGAAAUACUAGUUGAAAAAAAUGAUCAUGAUAUUAAUGAAAAUGACUUAAAUGAGACAAAUUCUUAUGAACAUGCUACUUUUAAUAUUUUGAGUAAAUUGGGGCAAAGUGUGGAACUAAAUGAAGCCUUAAGAUCAUCCGAUGUCAACGAUCAUGUGGAAGAUAAAAGCAGGUUUAAGACCGAAAUACUAGUUGAAAAAAAUGAUCAUGAUAUUAAUGAAAAUGACUUAAAUGAGACAAAUUUUUAUGAACAUGCUACUUAUAAUAUUUUGAGUAAAUUGGGGCAAAGUGUAGAACUAAAUGAAGCCUUAAGAUCAUCCGAUGUCAACGAUCAUGUGGAAGAUAAAAGCAGGUUUAAGACCGAAAUACUAGUUGAAAAAAAUGAUCAUGAUAUUAAUGAAAAUGACUUAAAUGAGACAAAUUCUUAUGAACAUGCUACUUAUAAUAUUUUGAGUAAAUUGGGGCAAAGUAUAGAACUAAAUGAAGCCUUAAGAUCAUCCGAUGUCAACGAUCAUGUGGAAGAAGUUUCUAAUACACAAUCAUCAUCAGUUGAAGUUAAUAACAAAAAAACAUCGGCAUUACAAUUAAGUAACAAAAUAGCAGUUCAAGUAAAACAUACAGAUUUAUCCUAUAAAGAUAAAAGCAGGUUUAAGACCGAAAUACUAGUUGAAAAAAAUGAUCAUGAUAUUAAUGAAAAUGACUUAAAUGAGAAAAAUUUUUCUGAACAUGCUACUUAUAAUAUUUUGAGUAAAUUGGGGCAAAGUAUAGAACUAAAUGAAGCCUUAAGAUCAUCCGAUGUCAACGAUCAUGUGGAAGUAAAAAACAGUGUUGUUAUCGAAGAAACUGUAGAAUGCAUACGACAGGAUGUGUGUCACAAAUCGAACGGUGUCGUCGAUAUGCGUAAAGCUGGACUGGCUGAAGACGACAAUAUAAUAACAGAAAUGAAGUUUCUAAUACACAAUCAUCAUCAGUUGAAGUUAAUAACAAAAAACAUCGGCAUUACACAAUUAAGUAACAAAAUAGCAGUUGAAGUAAACCAUACAGAUUUAUCCUAUAAAGAUAAAAGCAGGUUUAAGACUGAAAUACUAGUUGAAAAAAAUGAUAAUGAUAUUAAUGAAAAUGACUUAAAUGAGAAAAAUUUUUCUGAACAUGCUACUUAUAAUAUUUUGAGUAAAUUGGGGCAAAGUAUAGAACUAAAUGAAGCCUUAAGAUCAUCCGAUGUCAACGAUCAUGUGGAAGGUAACAAUUAUACUGGGCGGCAAGAAGUCUUUAAAAAAGAGGAACUGCUAGAUAUUUUGCAAGGAAAGAAUGUAGAAUCUUCUGACAAAGAAGUAGUUGAAUAA